AUGGGCCGGGGCAGGAACAAGAACAACAAGGGCCUGGCUCUUGCACAGGCUGCCUGCGCCGUCGCUGGUCUCUGGAACUGCGUCACCAUCAACCCCCUGAACAUCGCGGCCGGUGUGUGGAUGAUGCUCAACGCCUUCGUUCUGUUCCUGUGCGAAGCUCCCUUCUGCUGCCAGUUCAUCGAGUUUGCGAACGCCGUCUCGGCGCGGGCAGACAAGCUGCGGCCCUGGCAGAAAGCCGCUUUCUACUGCGGGAUGGCUGUGUUUCCGGUCAUGCUCAGCCUGACGCUGACCACGCUUUUUGGGAAUGCCAUCGCGUUUGCCACUGGGGUGCUGUACGGCCUGUCGGCGCUCGGCAAAAAGGGAGAUGCCAUUUCCUACGCCCGGAUCCACCAGCAGCAGAAGCAGAUGGAUGAAGAGAAGCUCACUGGGGCCCUAGAGGGACAGGCUCUCUGA